GGAGUCAGUCAGAGCACCUGAGCACAAAGGAAGCCAUUGUCCUUAGCCCAGGGGCACGGGGACCUCUGUAUUCAGGUUACAGGGGCAGCUAUAGCUGUGAAGUCUGCUGACCUGUGAUCUUCUCUUGCUUCUGGGUCUCUGGCCUUGGCACUCCUCUUUUCCUAGGAUUCUCUGAGAGACCUGGGGUUCCCGAACAGCUUUCCAGAGGCCUUAGAUGCAAGGAGAGCCAUAGCUUUGGAUCCAGAACAAGAUCAUCUCUUUGGAUAAAGACCAGAGGCUGACAGCCUCCUCCACACCGUCUGAUCUACCCUGCAGUCUUCACAGGAAGGCCUGAAGCUAUCAUGGCCACCCCGCAGAGUGUAGAAUAUCCCCAAAACUAUGGUAUUCACGAUUCUUUGCAGAUGGUAUGGGUCCUGAAGGGAAAUUCUUUAACAGCAGUUCCUUUUACCAACAAUGUCAAACCUGUCCGUCUUGACUUAGUUACAUGCAGGCACACAGAAUCCCAUGACGCUGGAAAGGGCAAUCUGGUCUACCUGGGGAUCAAGGGCCAAAAUCUCUGUCUCUGCUGUGCAGAAGUUGAAGGCCAGCCUACUUUGCAGCUUGAGGAGAAACAGAUCAUGGAGAUGUACAAUAACAACAAAGCACAGAAGCCCUUCCUUUUCAUCUGCAGUACGGAGGGCUCCACCUCCGCCUUUGAGUCAGCCUCCUACCCUGGCUGGUUCAUAGCCUCCUCCAAAAUGGUGGGACAGCCCAUCAUUCUCACCAAGGAGAGGGGCAAAAAUUACAACACUAACUUCUAUAUGGAACCUGAGAACUAAAUCCAGCCUGGGCUGUGUUUGGGUGGCUGAUCCCAGAAUGAAAUAGCCGGAGACUCUUCUGAUUGAGCACAUAAUAGGUCAUCUUCAGAGAGCCCCAGGUGCUGAGGACCAUCCAUAGCCCAUCUCAUUCUCAUCACCCCAAACCACCCCCUCCUCUAGACAUCCGCUUCUGUGCCACGUCCCCAUUUGAAUGCUAUCCCAAUGAAACUUUCUACUUAGUUGCCAAGUCUAAUUAAGUCCAUAUCCCAAAUGCCUCUUGCACACAACCCUCUCUUCCUGUUCCUUCUGACAAGCUAUGGCCUAGAGAUGUGAAUUCCAAACAUUUCUGUUCAUUUAAUCCUAUAAAUAAAAGAAUGUUAUUUAUGAA